AUGGCUGCUGCCCAAACCAAAAACCCGUCCAAUGCGACAUUUAAGGACAAGGAGAAGCCACAAGAGGUGAGAAAGUCCAACAUUCUCGCUGCCAGGGCUGUGUCGGAUGCCAUCAGAACGUCCUUGGGUCCAAAAGGUAUGGACAAGAUGAUCAAGACGAAGGAUGGCAAGAUCAUCAUCUCCAAUGAUGGUGCCACCAUUUUGAAGCACAUGGCUAUUCUUCAUCCAGCUGCUCGUAUGUUGGUGGAUUUGUCCGCUGCCCAGGAUAUCGAGGCAGGAGAUGGUACCACUUCCGUGGCCAUUUUGGCUGGUUCCCUCUUAGGUGCCGCUGAAAAAUUGUUGAAUAAGGGCAUCCAUCCAACCCUAGUUGGAGAGAGCUUCCAGAGAGCUGCUGCUCGCGUUUGUGAAGUUUACUUGGAGAUGUCUCACAAGAUCGAUUUGAAGGACCGCGAGAUCUUGAUCAAGGCCGCUUCCACAUCCUUGUCCUCGAAGAUUGUUUCUCAACACUCAUCUUUGUUGUCUCCACUCUCGGUUGAUUCCGUCCUUAAGGUCAUGAACGAGGGCCAGGACAACGUUGACUUGAACGAUAUCCGUCUUAUUAAGAAAGUGGGUGGUACUAUCGACGACACAGAGUUGGUCGAUGGUGUAGUGCUCACGCAAAACGUUUUGAAGUCGGCUGGUGGUCCUUCUAGAAUCGAGAAGGCUCGUAUCGGUUUGAUUCAAUUCCAGUUGUCUCCACCCAAGCCUGACAUGGAGAACAACGUCGUCGUCAACGACUACAGACAGAUGGACAAGAUCCUUAAAGAAGAAAGAGCAUACUUGUUGAACAUUUGCAAGAAGAUCAAGAAGGCUAAGUGUAACGUUUUGUUGAUUCAGAAAUCUAUCUUGAGAGACGCUGUUAACGACUUGGCCUUGCAUUUCCUUGCCAAGCUCAAUAUCAUGGUUGUCAAGGACAUUGAGAGAGACGAGGUUGAGUUCUUGUCCAAGGCUACUGGAUGUAAACCUAUUGCUGACGUUGACAACUUCACCGAAGACAGAUUGGGCUCUGCCGAGCUCGUUGAAGAGUUCGAAUCUUCUGGCUCUAAGAUCGUCAGAAUCACAGGCGUGAACCAAAAGAACACUCGCCCAACCGUUUCUGUGGUUGUGCGUGGUGCCAACAACUUGGUUUUGGAUGAGACUGAGAGAUCGAUCCACGAUGCUCUCUGCGUUGUGAGAUGUUUGGUGAAGGAGAAGGCUUUGAUCGCCGGUGGUGGUGCUCCUGAAAUUGAGGCAUCGAGAGUUUUGUUCAAGGAGUCAAGCAAAUUGAGUGGUGUGGAGCACUUUGUAUACCAGGUCUUUGCCCAGGCUUUGGAGGUUAUUCCAACUACGUUGGCUGAAAAUGCCGGCUUGAACCCAAUUAAUGUGGUUACUGACUUGAGGAACAGACACGAGAUGGGCGAGAAGAAUGCUGGUAUUUCUGUCAGAAGGUACGGUGCCUCUAACACAUUCACUGAGAAUGUGUUGCAGCCCGUCCUUGUGUCCACGAGCGCCAUCACCUUGGCGGCUGAGACUGUGAAAUCCAUUUUACGUAUAGACGAUAUCACUUUCAGCCGUUAA